UGGAGGGGGGAUGUGGUCACACAGAAGUACACUCUAUGCUGGUCCAGUGUGUUUAAAUCUCAAAAAGGGUUUCGAUGGCAGUAGGGAGAAUCAGAGAGAAUAGAUAGCACCCAUGUCCCGAGGCCCGUCCUGGAUGACGGCGGCCGCUAGUGCGGGUGUCGUUGCCCAGCAGCGCCAGCCGUCAUGCAUGCUAUUAGCGCUGAAAAAGGAAAGUGAGGGAAGGUUUUUUGGGCUGAUUCUAUUGUUGUUCCUUGUUCUGUUGUGCUUUCGAUAUAUGCUUCCAGCCACUUUUUGCGUCCUGUUUCCUGUUUCUGAUGCAGAUGGAUCACAGGGCCUUCGUUCUCUGAUAUCUUCUAUCGAUCCCCAGUGCCCCUGCUCUUUGCUGUCGCAGUGCGUCUCUUUGUUCUGUCCUGGCUGCCUCCUUUUCUGAGUCUGCCUCUUUUCUGCUGCCUUGAGGUUUGGUUCUGGGUUUACUGGUUCUUCUUGACCUCCUCCAAGCACAGAGCAAGAACAGCAAAAAAGACAAUCAUUAGAAAGAAGCCCACCCACGGCUACACUCGUUUCAGACGUUGCGAACCACCACAGAUCUGUUC